AUGUGGGCAUCCGACGUACUUAACCCCAUUUCACUUGAAGAAAUAAGUUUAUGCAACAACGAAAUAGAGCAGUCGGAAGCAUUACCUCAUUCUAUGCCUUCGCAUACCCAAGAGGAUGAAUUAGAUGACGUACCUACGGUUGGAAUGAUUUUUGAAACAGUGGACAAGGUUAAAGACUUUUACAAGCAAUACGCCAUCAGAUGUGGAUUUGGUGUCCGUGUGAGAAGUUUAAGUAAAGGAGAAGACAACGAAUUAUGUUUUGUGAAAUUGGUCUGUAGCCGCGAAGGAAAGUACGUGUCCACCAUCCCUCCCGAAUUGAAAAGCCAACCAACAAAAACCAAGAACUGUGGUGCAAGGAUAACAGCACUUAAAAAAGGAGGUCAGUGGCACAUAAAGAAUGUGAUACUUCAUCACAAUCAUGACCUAAGCCCUAUGAAGUCAAGAAUGAUGCGCGGCAACAAAAAAUUGAACAUGCAAGUGAAGCGAACACUCGAUAUGAAUGAUGAAGCCGGCGUCCGCAUUAACAAAAGCUUCCAAUCACUAGUUUGUGAUGUUGGCGGAUUUGAGAACCUUCCUUUUGUGGAGCGUGAUGUUAGGAAUUAUAUAGGACGACAAAGAAGGGCACUAGGUAAGGAAGGAGACGGCCAAGCAUUGAUGGCACACUUCUCUCACAUGAGACAAAUGAACGAUGAAUUCUACUUUGAAAUUGACUUCGAUGAUAACAAUAGAAUAUCAAAUGUAUUUUGGGCUGACGCACGUAGUAGGGCAGCAUGCGCAGAAUUUGGAGAUGUUGUCUCCUUUGACACUACAUAUCUAACCAACAAAUAUGAUAUGCCCUUUGCACCAUUUGUUGGAGUCAAUCACCAUGGUCAGUCUAUAUUAUUAGGAUGCGGUUUGUUGUCAGCUGAAGAUACAGAAACCUUUGUGUGGCUUUUUAACUGUUGGCAUAAUUGCAUGUCAUACAAGUCACCUGAUGGCAUUAUAACUGAUCAGUGUAGGGCCAUGCAAAAUGCAAUUGAGAUUGUUUUUCCAAAUACUCGUCACCGGUGGUGCUUAUGGCAUAUAAUGAAAAAGAUCCCGGAAAAGUUGCAAGGAUAUACUCAUUACAAGACUAUCAAAAACAAGUUGAAGACAUUGGUUUACGAGAUCGUUAAUGUUCACCAAUUUGAGACCGGGUGGCAACAAUUAAUAAAUGAUCACGAGUUGGAUAAGAAUGAGUGGUUGGGCACACUAUACGAAGAAAGACAACGGUGGGUGCCUUGCUAUUUGAAAGGAAAUUUUUGGGCGGGUAUGUCCACCACACAACGAAGCGAGGGACUGAAUGCCUUCUUUGAUGGAUUCAUCAAUUCAACGACAAUGUUACAGCAGUUUGUAGUACAGUACAAAAAUGCGCUACGUCACAAAGCUGAAAAGGAAUGCGAGGCAGACUUUGCUUCUUUGAACACUACAAUCCCAUGUGCCACCCAGUCCCUUAUUGAACGUCAAUAUCAGCAAGCCUACACAUAUUCGAAGUUUGCAGAAAUACAAAUGGAAUUCCGCGCCAAGAUGAAUUGUGCAAUCAAAAUGGUGGAUGUUACUCCAUCGGGAUGCAACUACGUCGUGCUCCAAGAAUUAUUGUGGGAUGGGAAAUCUGCAAACAAAUAUUAUGAUGUGCAUUAUGAUGCCAAAAGCGGCAUAAUAUCAUGUUCGUGCCAGCUUUUUGAGUUUCGUGGUAUCGUCUGCCGACACUGUUUCACGGUCCUUGGCCAAGAGGAAGCAACAACAAUAUCCACGAAGUAUAUCAUUCCUCGAUGGAGCAAACUUAUACGAAGGAGAUAUACUUCAAUGAGAGCAGCUUACAACACCCAUAGUAAGGACCCAAAAAUGCAGAGGUACCGGGCAUUGUGCAAGGAAUUUUUUCAGAUUGCCGAUGUUGCAUGCGAAUCUGAUGCUGGAACGGAACAACUAUUUAAGCAAUUGAGGUGUGGCAGAAACCCGGUGGAGUUCACUUCGUGCGGUGAUGGUCGUUAUGUUGACACCAGGAUGACGUCUUCCUUCCCACCGCCGGAUUCGUGUCAGGCAUCCAUUGUCCGCAGCCCAAAUGCAGUGAAGCGAAAGGGAAGGCCUCGUACUCUAAGGUUGAAAUCCAAAGUGGAAAAAAUUACAAAGAAAAAGAAGUUGGUGGUAAACAUGACUGAAAUAUACACCAACAACACCCCAACACUUAACGACCAGGUGGGGAAUGACAUGGCAGAUGUUCAUCGUCAUAUAGAAUGGGACUUCAAUGUGGCAGUAGUCGGUGAUGUUUCAUUCAAUUCGACCGUACAGAGCAAAGUCGGUGGCACAACUAGUUCCAAUAUAGCCGACUGA